GCUGCUGACUUGAGUAAACCAAUAGAUAAAAGGAUAUACAAAGGAACACAGCCUACCUGUCAUGACUUCAACCACCUAACAGCCACAGCAGAAAGUGUCUCUCUCCUAGUGGGCUUUUCCGCAGGCCAAGUCCAGCUCAUAGACCCCAUCAAAAAAGAAACUAGCAAGCUGUUUAAUGAGGAAAGACUAAUAGACAAGUCACGAGUAACCUGUGUCAAAUGGGUUCCUGGUUCGGAAAGCCUUUUCCUAGUAGCCCAUUCCAGUGGGAGCAUGUACUUAUAUAACGUGGAGCACACGUGUGGUGCCACAGCCCCCCACUACCAGCUUCUGAAGCAGGGAGAAAGCUUUGCCGUGCACACUUGCAAGAGCAAAUCCACAAGGAACCCUCUCCUUAAGUGGACGGUGGGCGAGGGGGCCCUCAACGAGUUUGCUUUCUCCCCAGAUGGCAAGUUCUUAGCGUGUGUGAGCCAGGACGGGUUUCUGCGUGUGUUCAACUUUGACUCAGUGGAGCUGCACGGUACAAUGAAAAGCUACUUUGGGGGCUUGCUUUGUGUGUGCUGGAGCCCAGAUGGCAAGUACAUUGUGACAGGUGGAGAGGACGACUUGGUGACAGUCUGGUCCUUUCUAGACUGCCGAGUAAUAGCUAGAGGCCAUGGGCACAAAUCCUGGGUCAGUGUUGUGGCAUUUGACCCCUAUACCACUAGUGUAGAAGAAAGUGACCCUAUGGAGUUUAGUGGCAGUGACGAGGACUUCCAGGACCUUCUUCAUUUUGGCAGAGAUCGAGCAAACAGUACACAGUCCAGGCUGUCCAAACGGAACUCUACAGACAGCCGCCCUGUAAGUGUUACCUAUCGGUUUGGUUCUGUGGGUCAGGAUACACAGCUGUGUUUAUGGGAUCUUACAGAAGACAUCCUUUUCCCUCACCAACCCCUCUCAAGAGCAAGGACACAUACAAAUGUCAUGAAUGCCACAAGCCCGCCUGCCGGAAGCAAUGGCCACAGUGUCACUACACCGGGGAACUCUGUGCCCCCUCCAUUGCCACGGUCCAAUAGCCUUCCUCAUUCAGCAGUCUCCAAUGCUGGUAGCAAAAGCAGCGUCAUGGACGGGGCCAUUGCCUCUGGGGUCAGCAAGUUUGCAACUCUGUCACUGCACGACCGGAAGGAGAGACACCAUGAAAAAGACCAUAAACGAAAUCAUAGUAUGGGACACAUUUCCAGCAAGAGCAGUGACAAACUGAAUCUAGUUACUAAAGCCAAAACGGACCCUGCUAAAACUCUGGGAACAUCCCUGUGUCCUCGGAUGGAAGAUGUCCCCUUGUUAGAGCCGCUGAUCUGUAAAAAGAUAGCCCAUGAAAGACUGGCUGUCUUGGUUUUUCUUGAAGACUGUAUAGUCACUGCUUGUCAGGAGGGAUUUAUUUGCACAUGGGCAAGGCCUGGUAAAGUGCCGGCAGAGCAGUUCUGCAGGCAGGAGGACAGAGUGCAAGGUGUUCUCCAAGACCAGAGCUAAAGGGCUUGUUGUCAUCCCCAAACCAGGCCAGUUCUCCAGGUGGAACUGUAGUGUAGCAGCCGCACUGCUGCUCCCAGGCUCCCCGGGACACGUGCGCAGACUGAGGGAGUGACAGACGACAACGGAGCCAGGAGCUGCGCUGGAGCCACAGCAGGCAGCAGGCAGCAGGCAGCGGCAGCCUGCGGGGCUGUGUGGAGCUGCUAACCCAAAGAGUUGCUUCCAUUUUUAAGUCAGUCUGUUGGGGCUGCAGUAAAAAACAAGAAAUGGAGUUUUCUUGCUUUUUACUCUAAAAUUCAAUGUAACUAAAUCCCAUAUAUAAUAUAUAUAUACAUAUAUACAUAGUGUAAAGUAAAAGGUUUCUUGGACAAGAAACCUUAAAUUCAACUGUUAUAAUAGCACUUGGCUCUGGUUUUGCACUGUUCUAUUUUAUACUUUAGGUAGUCAUUAGACAGCCUGGGAUGCACUCAUGAAGACAGUUGUCACCUUCUGACUUAAACACACAAUUCAGAAAGACAGAUGCUGCAAUCAUAGAUUUAAAAAAAUUGUUUGCACUUAAAAUAGUUUAAUGCUAAUAGAAAAUGACUUUGAAUAUGGGGGUUGUGGACUCCCAGCCUCCACAAUAUGGAGUGAAGAUGUCCUUUUUAUCUGUUAACAUUUAUUUUAAUACUGUUGUUUCCAAUGCAAUCAAGCCUGUAUUAUAUGUGUAAAUAAUGUAAUUCUGAAAUGGGGGAAAUAGUUACUUCACUAGUAAUUUUCAUCAUUUAAGAGUGAUAUUUCUAAUUCACAAAAAACAUUAAUAUUAAAAUUAUCUUGAAUAUA